AAUAGCGCUAACCAACCACGCUGCAGCUUCAACCCCAACUUUUCAUAACUCCUCUGUACCUCCCUUCUUUUCCUUCCACCCCCUUUCACUACCUCUCCCAUCACCACUCUGCCCCUCUAUUAGGUUUCAGGCGUCUCUUCCCUCUGAACUGAACAACACGCACCAAGCAGAAGAUUCGACAAAAAAAAAACCCAGACUGGCUCUCCUGGUCCUCUCCUACGUCUCAUCCCAUCAUAUUGUUAUCUUACUGCAUCUGGCACCAACAUUACUGCAGAUCUAUUCAUAGCUCUCUGUGUCUAAUUUUAGCAUCCAGCCCCCUUUUUUUAACAACAUUUUUUACAGUUUUUGCUCAGUUCACUCAUCCAGAAAAGCACAGCUGUGUCUCACAGUCAUUACAGUGUCACAACCAUCCAUCUCAUACCCACUUCAUAUCGAAUCCCUUAUUUGUUCUUCUCAUCUUUUCCCUCGGAUCGGUGCUGCUCCUCGUCUCUGGCCAGUAUGUGGUCCAACUUCUUUGUGCCGCAGGAAGAGGAAGGCCGUAUGGGGGUGGCAGGGGGCGGUCAGGGUGGGGGUAUGGCCGGAAUGAAGGGCUUUAGAGGACAAAGGAGGACCAACAAGAUGAGUGACAGCCAGGAGGGUAAGAUCAAGCUAGUCUUCUUCGUGGCGAUCAUCGGGGUGACCCUGACAGUGCUGGGGAUGGGCACAGAGUUCUGGGUGGAGCUGGCCCAGCCAAAGAAUUACAGCGGCAACCAGACCUGCCAGAUGGCCCACUAUGGCUUAUGGAAAGGCUGCAUCCGCACCCUGUGGGUGGCCGACAUAGACCCGGAGAGGACGAGCUGCGGCCCUGCCGAACUUCCUGGAGAAUCCAACUGCACCUACUUCAAGUUCUUCACCUCUGGGGAAAACGCUGUCAUAUUCAAGAAGACGACUAGCAGGAAUUUGAAUUUAGCAGCAGCCAUCUUAGCUCUCUUGAGCCUGACCAUGAUGGUGAUGGGCUCCAUCUGUAUCGCCAUGUCGCUCAACAAAGGAGUGCCCUUCUUUCUCAAACCAGCAUCCUUCUGUUUCAUCUUAUCAGGUGUUCUGGUUCUGCUGUCGGUGCUGAUUUUCCACCAGUCUGUGUUGGCUUUGCUGUCCAGUGACCACUCCGUACCUCUUCACCACGAGCUGUCCUGGUCUGUAGCCUGUGUUGGCUCGGCGGGAGCCAUCCUCAUUAUCGCAGGUGUCCUGUUCAUCAUCCUUGCUCUUCCUUUUAGUCCCUGGCAAAAAUGCUUUCCACACAAAGAUAGCACCACCUAGCCCUUAAAAUGUGAAUUAUGCAAACAGUAUCCUUAAUAUUUUUUAAGGAUGCAACACCAAAUUCCAACAGCUGUGACUUUAAGCUUGCCCUUGGUAUGUAAUUUGCCAUAAAGGACACACUAGGUCUUAACUUAAUUUGAGAAGAGGAAUGAACAAAACAUAAAACACAGGAAGUCCUCCAGAGCUAGAUUUUAAGGUAAUCGUUGUUAUGUCAGUAAUGUAUAGUGAUAUAUAUGGAAUGACUCUUUUAGAAUUAAAGCUGAAUCACAAAUAAACCAAUAGGCCUCUGCAUGCCAAAAGCUGUAAAACUGCAAAUAAAUCUUCUAUUUUUACUAA